GUAUAUAUAGCAAAAUGAAAUGUAAUCUAUCGAUAAUAAAUCAGAAUAUACAGUCCCUUCGAGUGUGAACGUUUGAUGAACCAGAAAGGCAGAAUAAACGAAAGAUUCUGCAACACAGUGGUCCUUCGAACCGGGAUUGUAUGCUGGAUAGUUAAAGCGGAUUGUGGAAAUGUUAGUUAGACUCGCACGGCAGUCGCCGCACAAAAGAAAAUUGUCACAAAGGUCAGACGACCUAGAUCGAACACAUGGAUGACCUAGCUAAGAAAAGACGCGUACGAGGUGGGCAAAGGUCGUCUACGAAGAAGCUUGUGGCAAAGAUAGUCGAAGCGAUCGCUAAGUUAAGCGAUGAGAGUCCAGAGAAAGACGUCGUGUGGCUGAAGCAGAGUCAAAGCUCCUUGAAGGAAAAGGUCAAAAUCUUAAGAGAACUUGACACGAAAAUCAUCGAUGCCCUGAGCGAGUCGAAAGAAGAAGCGGCGGAUGAAUUGAUGGCAAAGGAGAUAGAAGAAGCAGACGAAGUAAUCGCAGAACUUGAACGCCUUUUACUUGAAAUGGACAACGCGUUCGGUAAAUUAGAAUUGACAACGACAAAACCCGUGGCGAUCAAUGACAAUGAGAUUCUGAACGAAAGCCAAACAUCGGUUGAAAGCACGGGCAAAAUCAUAAGAGCAAAGUUACCAAAGUUACGGUUGAAAAACUUUGGGGGGAAAAUUUGCGAAUGGCCAGAGUUCUGGGACAGUUUUUCGAGUUCGAUCGAUAACAAUGAUCAAUUGUCGGACGUAGACAAAUUUGCAUAUCUACGCGGAUACCUUGAAGGGCCGGCAAAAUCGACCAUGGCUGGUCUGUCAUUAACAGCAAGGAAUUAUCAGUGCGCGGUGGAUCUGCUUAAGAAACGAUUCGAGAAAAGAAGUGCAAUUCAACGCACACAUGAAUGUCCUUAUUCAACUGCCUGCGGUUUUUAG